AUGGCGCACGAAUCCGAGAGCAGCCUCGGGUACGCCUCCUGGCCCGUCGGCGCGGCCCAGGCCGCGGAGAGCGUGUGCAUUGACCCGGCGUCGGCGGGCUGCUCAUCUGAUGACUGGGUCGAGGUGCCAGACGAGGACGACGACCCUCGGUUCGACUCCUUCGGCUUCCGCUCCUUCGAGGCCCCCGCACCGCCACGCCCCGAGGCCUCCUCCCCCGGCAAGGGCGGCUGGGCCCGCUGGAGCGCGCGGCAGCUCAGCCGGCGGCCGCUCGAGCUGAAGCGCUUGGUGCGGCGAGGGGUGCCUGCGGCACGGCGCUCGGAGGUGUGGCCCUUCCUCGCCCGCAUCGAUACGCUCCGCUGUGUCGAGGCGGGCGACUACUAUGCCGUCCUGCGGGACGCGUGGGGCGGCGCUGGGGCUGCGCGCGCCGCCGCCGACCUCGGCGUGGCGAGGCAGAUCGAGCUGGACGUGUCGCGGACCUUUCCGGGCCACCGCGUAUUCGGAGGGGCGGCGGGGCGGCAGCGCCUGCGCUCGGUCCUCCUCGCUUACUCCCGCCGCAACCCCGAGGUUGGCUACGUCCAGGGGAUGGGCUUUCUCGCGGCGGACUGCCUCCUCUGCGAGGGAGUCAAGGGGCUGCAACGAGUCGACCUCGCCCUCCUCCAAAUCUCGGAGGCGCGGCUGCUCUGCUGCACCGAGCAGCACGCGCUGCUGCUCGUGCUGCAGGAGGAGGAGGGCCGAUGCCACGACAUCGGCCGCCUCUUCGCGCUCGCCUUCGACACGCGCCUCUUCAUCGGCCCCUUCCCGCGCUCCCUCCUCUCCGAGCUGCGCACGCAUCACCUCGCCGCCCUCGCCUCGGGCGCCGCGCCGCCCGCGCCGGGCGAGCCGCACGACGACGGCGACGCGGAGCCGCUCACGCUCGCGCCGCCGGGGGCGUGCCGGCCGGGCGCGGCGACCAACAGCGGGCUUGGCGAGAGCUCGAGCGACGAGGCGGAGGAGCGGCGGCCGGACCCCUUUGAGAUGCUCUCUCUCGACGACGUGGCCGCACCGCCGCGCCGGCAGUAG